AUGGACGAUACACGAGUGCUUGGAAAUACAACCGAGCUAAGCGCUUCGCAGCAGGAAGAGCUUCAGCAAGAGUAUCGUAAAUAUUACCAAACAUCGCUAAUCAUCGCACUGCUUAAGCAAGAAGAUGCUCCCGUAUCGCCCGAACUCCGGGCACUGCUCUACGCGUACAAACACGACGGAGAUAUUCCAUUCGGACUAGAGCACAUACGCAACGUUGAUCCCGGGUACCACGAGCGCCAAGCGAUCGUGAAGUACAUCGAGACGAAGGUAAUCGAACAAGUGCGGCCGUUCGUGGAAAAAGCAAAACGCUUCACAGAAAGUGGCAACCUGGAAGAGUUGGGGUCCGCGGCGUAUCGCAAACAGUACGAAAUACUUCGGCUCGACCACGAACGCCAGGAGUUGUCCAAAGAACUGGCGCAACUGAAAACACGCCAGCUGCAGCUGAUGCAGGCUUGCGCCGAAAUACGCACCGGUCCAUUCCAGCGGAACAGUGUGGAGCUGAUGCACUCAAAGGCGCGCCUACUGCAGGCGAAGGCUGAGCUUUGCCAAAAGUUGGUGACGAACGAUAUUCUGCACUGUACGUCCCAUGCGACCAAGGCCAUCAAAGAGGUAGCUGCGAACGUUAACAAACUGAUAGGUAAAACCGAUUGAAACUCA